ACAUAAUCAGCAAUGGAGAACCAUCAGAUCUAUCGCCACAAGAAGUUCGAUGUGGGUCGCAAAGUUGAGAAAGACGAGCUGCUCCUCAAAGAGGAGCUAAUCUCACGCAGCGGCACACCCUACACCCAGGCGGAUCAGUCCAUCAGUCUGAGCUGCAGUGACCAGGAUACCGAUUUUCCUCCCUUGCCAAAACGCCGUCGCUUGGGAUCCUCCUCCUCCAGCGUUUCCUACCACUCGGCCAGUCCGAUCAUCACCGAGGCCCUCCAAGACAUCUUCAAAUACCACGUCAAUAUGGUGAGGAAGUUUCCCAAGAAGGAGCGAUCGCCAAAGGAUCAGGAGCGCCGGAACAAGAACACUAUUGCCUGCCGGAUGAGUCGGCGGAAGAAGAAGUUCGAUGACCUCCAGAUCGAACAGCAGUACAAGGAAUGCUCCAGCGAGCAUCUCAAGAUCGCCGAGCAAAGUCUGCGGGCCAGGGUCUAUCUGAAUCACCUCAAGGAGCUGGUCAAGCAGGAGGACCACCCGCAGCCCACUCCAAGGAACAAUUUCAGCAUCGACUACCUGAUCGGUGGUAUAAAACAGGAGCACGCUUAA